GCAAAAACUUGUGGGGGAGAAGAAGAAAAAUAAAAACUUCGUCGAGAAGGCAAAGCAAAUCAAGCCAAGAUAACGCGGAAGAGAACGAGAAUAUCACGGCUAUUAAGACCUCGGAAUCCACGGGUGAUGAAGACCAAAUCCUCGAGCGUUCUCAGCAACUCCUUCCCAAUCCUCCUCCUCAUCUUCCUCGCGGCGGCAGCAUCCGUUCCCCAGAUCGCCAUGUCGGCCGAGCAGCCGGAGCAGGCGGCCCCCGCGGCGCAGGAGGCGACCGUGCAGAUCGUCUACCUGGACCGCCCCGCGGACGCCGACCCCGAGGAGUUCCACAUCCGCACCCUCGCCCCCGUCCUCGGCAGCGAGGAGAAGGCAAAGGAGGCGGUGCUCUACCACUACAAGCACGCCGCAAGCGGUUUCUCUGCAAAACUUACUCCCCAGCAGGUCGAGGAGCUCAAGAAGCAACCAGGUGUUCUUCAGGUUGUACCAAGCCAGACAUACCAGCUCCAUGGACCCGGGGCUGGCACUGGCACAAUGAACACCUUUAGUCUUGUGUAGUGUACCGGCCUAGCUGAUAAGGUAGUGUAAUGCAAGUGUUUCUGGUGUGUGCAUCUCAUGGCAUGGUUGUAAUACUAUAUGGUAGUAACAAUAAGAGAUGCAACACCUGUACAUCCCCAGUGGAUACAAUGAUCUUUUAGCUUGUAUCCUAAGUUUGUAAUGAGUAUUAAAAAAAAGGCUGUAAUGCACUAAUGUAUAACAAGAUCAUUUGAUACUAUAUAUAACUAUGUGUUGAUCUAAUGUUAUUCUCUUUUAGAA